ACCCGCCCCGCCGUGCCCCUCCGCUCCCUGUCCAGCGCUGGCUAGGGGGGCCGGACGGACCCUGGGAACUUCUCGGCGGGGUUAUCUCCGAAGUCCCUAGGAUCGGCACGCGGAGCUAUUCCCUGUAUUCUCUCCCACCAUGGCGGGAGCUGCGGGGCCGCCGCCGCUGCUGACGCUGCUGCUGUUGCUGCUGCUGCUGCUGCUGCCGCUGCCGCGGUCCGAGGCAAGCACCCAGUCCUUCGAGGUGCGGGUGCUCACCCAGGUGAAGGGCUUCCUGGGCCACAACGUGACGCUGCAGUGUAAGGUGCAGACACAGGAGGACGACCUGCAAGUGACGCUGGUGACGUGGCAGCGGCAGGACUCCACGGGGGUCCCCCGCACCGUGGCUGUCUUCCACCCGAUCCAGGGCAGCAGCUUCCCCGAGAGCAGGCGGCUGGGGUUCGUGGCCGCCAGGCCCCGCGAGAAGCUGCGGGACGCGUCGCUGAUGGUACUGGGACUGCAAGCAGGGGAUGAGGCGAACUACACCUGCCACAUCGCCACGUUCCCGCAGGGCAGCAAGAGCGCCCGCACCUGGCUCCGUGUGCUGGCCAAGCCCCAGAACAAGGCUGAGAUCCAGGAGAUCCCGCUCCGCCUGCUCAGCCAGGAGCCCGUGCCUGUGGCCUGCUGCGUAUCCACGGCAGGCCGCCCACCCGCGCGAAUCUCCUGGUCCUCGGGUGGGGAGGUGAAUGAGAGCCAGGAGCCAGGACCCGUGCCCGGCACAUUCAACGUCGUCAGCCUCUUAACCUUAACACCCUCGAGCCGGGUGGAUGGCAGAAAUGUCACCUGCACAGUGGAGCACGAGACCUUCGAGAAGCCCGACCUGCUGCCUGUGACCCUCAGUGUGCGCUACCCCCCUGAGGUCUCCAUCUCCGGCUAUGAUGACGACUGGUACCUCGGCCGCAGUGAAGCCGUCCUGAACUGUGACGUCCGCAGCAACCCGGAGCCCAAAGAAUAUGUCUGGAACACGACAACGGGUUCCCUGCCACACUCUGCCAACGCCCAGGGCUCCCAGCUCCUGUUCCAUCCCGUGGAUGAGUCCAUCAACACGACUUUCAUCUGCCGUGCCACCAAUGCCCUAGGGACAGGGGAGGCAGAACAGACUGUCCUGGUCAGAGGAGAACGUCCCAGGGAUCAGUCCUCUGGGACCACCACCUGGGUUGUGGUCCUGGUCGUGGUCCUGAUUGUGGUUGGUCUGGGGCCCCUGGCUGUUUUCCUGUGGCGCAGACACUCCCGUCGGAACCAACGCAGCCCCCCGGAUAACAAUGAGGUCUAUUUCGCUGUCAACUCUGAGGCCAGCUCUCCCCAGGACCUGCAGGCAGACGGCACAAGGUGACGGCUCCUGGACUGAAUGGAGGGAGACUGCAGCUGGCGAGGAUGAGGGCCUUGCAGCUGGACCCCACCGCCACGGGUGAAGUCUCUCUCCAAAGAAACAGACCGCCCUCUCUGUGCCAGGCCUCAAGAUGCCCCCUCCGUGUUGCAAGGCAGCGGGCGGGUGUCUGUUCAGAGACCCCAGAGCCCCCUCAGAUUCAGCGUGCUCACUAAGGACUCCCAGAACUCAGGGUCGGUGCCACACUCUGGGCCACGGUUCAGUGAGGUUCCUGUCAGCGAUGUGAUCAGUGGGAGGGCAAAGCCCGGGAGAGACCCCGCCCGCUCACCCGCUUGUCCGCUCCUGGGGGAGCCACACGACAGCUCUUCCUUCUCCCAGGAGCGACACGUGACAACAUACAGGGUUCCAUCAACUGGAAAACUCAUCCCAGGCUCGGCUUCCAGAGUUUCCGCUGGGGGUCAGGCAGGUAGACGCGGCCGACCUUAGUCUCAAGCACCUCCCUAGGUCAAGCCAAUGUGGUGGCCCGGGGCCACCAUCAAUCACACUACUAGCACCGCUGUCCUUGGGGAAACAAGGACUACUAUCAGCCAGGACACUGCAAGAGCUUAGAGGUUAUCUCCCGUGACAAAAGGUCAGCUCUCUGGGCAAAAUCCAUCUCUUCCUGCACUGCGGGGUCAUGGGGUCACACUGGAUGUUCCAACUGCCAGGGAAUUUUGAUGAGACUUCUUUUACCUUCGGCCUUGAGCUUCCGAAUCUCCAUGUCAGUUGAAUUUCUGUGGCUCCAAGAAACAGCCGCUGAUCCAAGUCCCCAGAAGAGGGCCAGAGGCUGGGACACAGCUGCCUGGGGCUGUCCAAGGAGCAGGAAGAACUGGUGGACGUGAACUUGGAGGUUAUCGGCUCCUCGCACCCUCUUCAGGGGGUAGCAUCUGUCGCCAGCUGGCUGGAGUUGACCGGACCCUGUGGCAGGGGUGCUGGUAACCCACGAAGGAAAGCAGAUGUCGGUCCCAAAAGGUGGAGGAAGAGGUGCCGGGGGAGCCGCUGUGCCGGACACCUGCCCUCAGAGCAGGACAGAUGCAGCCCGAGACCAGGAGGCAGAGCUGCUCAUCCUGACAUGUUCACUUUGAAACGGUCUGUGGUCGUCAGAAUUCCUCUCAGAGUGACAGCUGUGUGCUGGGGAAUAUACCUCAGGGAGGUGAGACCUUGGACCAGGAUGCUGAACUGGAGAGCGAGGCGGGACCUGCUCUGCCCGAGAAAAUGGGAAGGAUCUGGGACCUGCUCUGGGCAGAGACGGGAGAGUGCGGAACAGAGAAGGAUGGGGAAGAGACAACCGGUGGGAUGGUGAGGGGCUCAGGGGGCAGCCAGGCCAGUGGGACUCCGCAGUGUCAGACAAGGGGGAGACUGGCGGCCUUGCUGGAAACCCCUCGUGGGUCCGCAGUCCCCAGACAGCGGGCUGUCCCCAUGUGGGAUGGAACCCGAGAGAUGGAAGCAACACCCUGAAUCAAGAAGGUCACACGGUGGACACUUGUCCCCAGGGUUCUCAGACACCGUGCAGAGAGCUCGUCUGAUUCCUAUUUAUUUAUUUAUUUAUUUUUAGAAAGAGGGGGUGGGAGGGAGAAGGGAGAGAAACAUGAAAUGAGAAAGAAACGCAGACUGACGGAGCCUGCGAUGGGGGGCGGCGGCGGGGGAUCUAACCGGCCGCCUUUCCAUUGGCAGGAGGAUGCCCAACCAACUGGAGUCACACUGGCCGGGGCUGUCUUUUUAAUUUUUUUAACUGGGUAACACGUAGAUAUCCGCAAAUCUAAAAUAAAAAAAAGUCAGGGAUCCCCUCUGAGUUAACUUGUGCGUAGGGCAAAGGAAGAGUCCGGCUUCCUUCUUCUGCAGGGGGAUGUCCAGUUUUGCACAACACUUGAAUGUCACCAGUGCCGUGAAAUUAUACACUUAAAAGUGGCUAAAGUGGCAGCUUUUUUGUCAUCUCUAUUUCCCCCACAAUUUUUAAAACUGUUUCAUGGAACGCAUCGAAAUCAUUAAAUUGCACGCUUUAGGUGCAGGGAUUCUAUUACCACAAACUUAGUGGCUUGAAAAACACAAAAUGAUUCUCUGAAAGUUCUGGAAGUCCGAAGUCCCAAAUGGGUCUCACCGAGCUAAAAUCAAGCCGUGGGCAGCUGGCUCCUCCCUGAGGACGGAGCCCUGCCCUGGCCUUUCCCACUUCGGAGGCCACUGCGUGCCUGGGCGUACAGCCCACGAGCACAGCCUUUCCCCAACUCUCCCAGGUCAGGGAGAGGACGCUGCCUCCCUCUCCUCUACAAGGGCCCUGUGAGUUCUCCGGGCCCAUCCAGCUCAUCCAGGAUAAGCUCCCCACACAAGGCCCUUCACGCCAUCACAUCCGCAAAGUCUGCUGCUUUAAGAGAGCAUGUUGGGAGGUUCGUGGGAUUGAGACCCAGGUGACUUUGGGGGCGCAUCAUUCUAUUUGCCACCCCGACCCAGGGCCCCUGUCCCACUGCAGAUGAGCAUGGCGCCACCUCCUGGUGAGUUUAGACACACAACGGUGUGCGCCGUUCUGCGCCCGCCAGUAACAUCUCACACUCCGCCCAGCGCCUCGGUUCUGUCACUGAAGGCUCCUGAAAGGUCAGAGGACGUCUUUCAGCCCUUUCAUAGCCUCACGUGGACUUUUUCUACCAGGCCCCUGGGGAUGGGCGUUUGUGUGGUUUCUGCCCUUUUACAACUACAGCGUCGUAGUGACUGUCACUUAGCCUGGGUGUGGGGGCACACUCUGGAGGUGCAGUUGCUGAGUCGAAGAAGACGGCCCUUGUCGCGGUAGAUUUUUACAGACGGUGUCCCGCGGGAGUGGAACUGAGUGAUCUCUGUUUCCACCAGCAGUGGAUGUGAUGGCCUGUGUUUUGUGGGCCCCAUAGCACCGGGGGGCCCCAGAAUUUGGGUUUAGGUGUUGUACGGCUUCACAUAAGACUGAGAAAACCACAAGUAUCCAUAUCAGAGGAUGGAAGGGAGAGGGCGCGGUGCAGGUCACCGAGAGGCUGGAACAGCACCCCCACCCCUGCACUGUUCUGCACGGAGUGAGUGGGGGCGGGGUCUGAGCAGUCAUUAACCCACUUCAAGUUGCCGUGAGGUCCCAGGAGCCUCUGCACUGAGGAUUGCUCUAAGUGAGGAUGCCUGUGCUACCGAAAUCUAACUUACUAAAAAACAACGUUGCCCCAGCCAGAGUGACUCAGUCGGUUGGAGCGUCGUUCCACAACCUUUUGGCCACGGGUUCGGUUCCCAGUCAGGGGGUAUACCUAGGUUGCGAGUCUGAUCCCCGGUCUGCACGUGAAUGGGAGGCAACCAAUUGGUAUUUUUUCCUCUCCCUCCCUCCCUUCCUCUGUCUCUACAAAGCAGUGAAAAAGUGUCCUCAGGUGAAUAUUAAGUAAAUUAAAAAACCAAUGAGGUGACCCAAGAAUUCCACUGCUAGGUAGAUACCCAAAAUGAUCCAACACCCAAAUAAACUGGUGUACGAAAACACUCAGAGCAGCACUCUGCACCAGUCAAACAUAGAGGCAGCCCACGGGGAUCAGUGGCUCCGCGGACGAGCAACAUAUGCUCCGGCCACACAACGCGACACUGUCCAACCAUCAGAAAGAAGGAAACACCGACCCACACCGCAACACGGGCGAGCCUCGGGAACAGCACGCAGAAUGAGAGAAGCCAGACACGAAAGGCCACAUAUCGUGGCAUCCCGUCUACAUGAAAUGUCCAAUACAGGCAAAUCCGCAGAGACAGGAAGGAGAUCGGAGGUUGCCAGGGCCUGGGGGAGGGGGACGGGGCAGCUACAUGGGCGCGAGGUUUCCUUUGGGCGAGAUGAACGGUGCCGUGGAAACAGACGGUGGGGGCGGGGCACAGCACUGUGAACGUGCUACGAGCCACUCCACUGUGUGCUGUAAAGUGGCUGAAAUUCUAAGUUUGGUACAUGUUUCACCACAAUAAAAAAAAAAAAAAACUUAAA